AUGUCGAACAAGUCCCACCCCGACGCCGAUCUGUUCCCUCACGCAACUGGUCUUGCCCAGAAGACCGUCGAAGACCACAAAGCGGAGCAACCUCUAAAGUUGUAUGCCGGAUGGUUCUGUCCAUUUGUCGGUCGCGCUUGGACUGUGUUACAAGAGAAGAAGAUCCCAUAUCAAUACAUCGAGCUGAACCCUCGCGGUCUGGUACCUACACUUCAGUACGAUAACAAGCCACUAUACGAGAGUACGGUCAUUUGCGAGUUCCUUGAAGAAGCGUAUCCGAACUAUGGACCCAAGCUGCUACCCGACGACCCCUACGAGCGCGCUCGUACCCGAAUCUGGACAGACUAUUGCACUUCACGAAUCAUUCCGUCAUUCCACCGAUUCUUACAAUUCCAGCCAAUGUCAGACACCGAAGGUCUGGAAGAAGUGAGGCAGGAGUUCCUCGGCCACUUGAAGGAGUUUACNAAAGAGAUGGACUCUGAGGGACCAUACUUUUCGGGCAAGGAUGUCGGCCUCAUUGAUCUGGUCGUUGCGCCAUGGGCCAUUCGUCUCUGGGUCUUCGACCACUACAAGAACGGUCUAAACAUUCCCAAGNNGGGGGGCGAGGAUAGCGCAGUCUGGUCACGGUUUGAGAAGUGGCUCAAGGCAAUUGAAGAACGUCCUUCGGUCCGCGAGACCACGAGCGAAAAGGAAAAGUACCUCAGCAUUUACCAGAAAUAUGCCGAUGAUAAGGCGCAGAGUGAGUUGGCGAAGGCUACACGUAAAGGUCGUGGUGUGCCUUGA